AUGGCUGUCCUGCGACUGCUGCGUGCUGGCAGAUGGAGUUGGAGGCGACGUCGUGGGCCUCAACAGGCACGUCGCUUAACAGUCUUCACGGUAGGGGACGGCCCGAUCCAUUUCCACGACCUUGAGGCGAGCUUCCAGGAGUUCAGAGCUGACGAAUGUGGAGCGCAGAUCUCCAGCGCUGCCAAAGUGGUCAACGACUUUCUCGUAUCGAAUGGCCAUCCGCAGCCCUCGUUCGACGUCGAUGGGCCUCCGACGUUUCCCUCUGCGCCAGCAGAGGUAGUGAACGCCCGUCGCCAGCUCCUGGACGCUUCCCAGGCCAUCUUCGAUUUGAUGUUCAGCCCCGCAGAGCAUCUGCGGUGGCUCGCCUGUAGGUACCAUGACAUGUCCAGCCUCCGCUGGAUCUACCACUUCAACAUCGCUGCCUCCGUGCCACUUGAUCGCGCAGUCCCUUUCUCAGAGGUUGCGGCCACGGCGGGCGUCGAUGAGGAUCGCUUGAAACGCAUCCUCCGGCACGCCAUGACCAACCGGCUGUUCUGCGAACCUGAGCCAGGCCUCGUCGCCCACACCGCUGCAUCGGCCUUGCUGGUCCGUUCCCCAGCGUUGAACGACUGGGUCGGAUACACGACCGAGGAGACCUACCCGGCGUCCGCGAAGCUUGUCGAGGCAUACGAGAAAUUCGGCACGAGUCAGAAGCCUAAUGAGUCCGCAUACAACAUCGCCUUUGACACCGAUGAGCCGAUGUUUGUCCAUCUCACAAAGUUCCCGGAGCGCGAGAGACGGUUUGCGAACACGAUGGUCGAGAUGACUUCGACUGAGGGGUAUGGCACUCACCACCUGGUGAACGGAUACCCGUGGGAGGAGCUUGGAAAGGCGACUGUCGUAGAUGUCGGCGGCUCAACCGGACACGCCUCUAUCGCCAUUGCAGAAAAAGCUCGAGAUGCGACGUUCGUCAUCCAGGACCUCGCGACAGUGGUUGAACAGGGCAAGAAAUCACUUCCAGAAGGCCUGAAAUCCCGCUUCACGUUCCAAGAACACGACUUCUUCACGCCGCAACCAGUGGUCGGUGACGUCUACCUGCUGCGAUUCAUCCUGCACGACCAUCCGGACGCGGUUGCAACGCAGAUCGUGAAAAACCUGGUUCCGGCGUUGAGGAAAGGUUCUCGCAUUAUCAUCAACGACGGCGUCCUUCCCGAGCCCAAUACGCUUCCUAGGGUUGAAGAAAGGAUUGCAAGGAUCAUGGACCUCGAGAUGAUGACGACUUUUAAUGCACGAGAGCGACCGCUGGCUGACUGGGUCAAGCUUUGUUCAGAUGCGGAUCCCCGGUUGAAACUGCGUCGUGUUUCGAAGCCAGAAGGGAGUGUCAUGUCUAUUCUGGAGUUUGUUUUCGACGCUGACUGA